CUCACUUGUCACCCCGGGACCAUCAGCAGGAUGAAGGUGAUGACGCUGUUGUUGCUGGGUGUGACGGUGGCGAUCGCCCAGUAUCCCCAGUACCUACCACCGCAAUACGACCCUCAGUCUCCUCCCCCACAGUCACAAACCUACGACAAUCCAGAACGCCCGAGUUUCCAGGUUCAGGUCGAAACUAACAGUGGCGAGGGACCUGACGCGGAGGGGACAUACAACAUCGACUUCAAGGGUCCUGGCGGCACCAGUCGUCAGGAGCAGGGCACCCUCUCGGGAGAGAAUGGCGCCGCGGGUGCCCAGGGAGGAUAUUCGUUCAGCUUCCCCGACGGCACUCCGGGAGAGAUGAACUUCGCGGUCGACUCUAAUGACUAUAAAUAAUGCUAAGUCCGACCUGCUGCCCGUGGUCCCGCCCUUACCAUUGCCCAGAUCGAGGCAGCUAACUAGGAGGCGGAAGCCGCAGCCCCUUCCCCCUUCCUCCCUACAUCAGCGUACUCCGUCCCUGUACCACCAAAUAGUUACGUUCAACCUUAGGUUGUCUGCUUGACUGUCUUUAAAAAAAAGAUUGCCUAGAAGCAAGCUGCAGUCUAGAAACGCAUGGGAGAUACUACUUGCCCUGAUAUUAGCUUCCUAGAAUCACUGAAUUUCAGUGAUUCUGAAAUUCUAAUUACUUUUUAGGUAAAACACAAUUUUUAAUUUAUUCUGAACUGUCUUCUUGCUAAUGAGAACUGUAUCACCUGUUAUUGAGUCUCUACCCACCUUCAGUAUUGUAACCAAACUUGUAAUGUUUUAAUUGCUGGGUCACGUAGGCUCCUGGAUACCUUAUUACUCAGAAAAUAUUCUGAAUGAAUUGUAAACAUUAUUAGCUUUAAAGAGAUAAGAUUUUAAUUGGGUGGUGUCCUUGCUUCCUGGUAUAUUAAUGUUAUGGAUCCUUGAUGCCUUCAAUUACCUUAAAAUUUAAUGUUAGCUGCUUUCAUUUUUAAUACUUUUGUCUCCUUGGCUUUAGUACUUGUCUUAGGUGUACUUUGAGACUUUAUUGCCUGCGAUCUUACCUUCUCUGCAUUUAUUCUUUCUUGCAUCCUCCGAAUACCAUAUGUCUAAGCUGACUUUCUUGAGACUCGAGCUGCCAAAAGGCUUCGACUAUCUAGAAGUUUUAUAAUAAAAAAAACACAUUAUUUAUUGGCCUUAUUAUCUUGAACUGUAUUUAUAAAUUAUAAAUAAAUAUUUUCGAACCUUA